AUGUUUGAUCAGGAAAGUGCCCAUUACUCACUGGAUCCAUUCACAUAUGUUGUGACUCGACAGGAUGUUGAGGAUGGCAGCGCGACUCUCCUACAUAUUGCGUACGAUAAUGUCCAAAUCCCAUUAUCUGAUCUCCGUGCGGUGAAUCCCAAUCUCAAGGACGUUCCCGCGGAUAAGAUACUUCCCGUCGGGACAGUUGUGCAGUUGCCUGUGAUGCUUGAUCAACGCGGUGACUCCUCGGGGCCUUUUUUUACUAUAAACAACGCCGAAAAUCAACUGAAAUCCUGUGAAGAUAGGAUGACCUCUUUGGUGGAUGAGUGGGAGCGGAACGUGGGGCCACUACCGUUGCCAAUUAAGCGGAAAGUCUUGUCCAAGACUGAGCAGGUCCUUCAGAUUGUAGAGAGCGAGGUGGAACGGCAGCUGCCGUCUAUUCAAAAUAUGCAUGAUACGCUUGGGAAGAAAAACCAACUACUACAAUACCUUGUUGACGUUGAAAGGGUGAAGGCAAAAGAGAUCGAGGUGGAGAAGGAAUUUAGUGCGUCAAACAUUCCCCUUAUAAGUUACGAUCCCGAAUACGCACUUUUGUGGCCUUCAUAUCAGCGGUUAAUUUCCGAGGAUAACCUCACGGAACACACAAUCCAGACGAAAGCGGACACCGAUGACGACUUCUGCAUGGUCCACACCCAUCGAUGGGAGUUUACGAUUUUGGCGCCAGGUUCUAUGGACGAAUGGGAGACGUGGGCGGUGCUUUCCUGUCAAAAGCUGGCCGUCCUUCUAGAUGCAAUCAACUGCAGCCCAAGGCUCCCUUUCCCACUCUCCAAGAACGCCUUUCUAUUUAUCGGGGACACCUUUUACAUCGAUGAUCGACACCGAGACGAUGCGGAUUAUGAGGAUCUGAGUGCCGUUAUAAGGGGUUGCGCGCCUUCCUAUCUUCCCGAUGGCGAACCACCGGCCUUUGGCCGUGGUGUGAAUGCCGCCUUUGCGCGCUGCCCGGUUCGGAGCGCUGCCGAGGUCACUUUUGGUGAGCUGCAUGUUAGGCAGAGCGAAACAUGCGUUCUACGCCAUGCUGGCGGUUGUACACAUUAUUUCUACCUCCAAGGCCCUCGCUGCCUGCGCGAGGGCUCCCGGACGCAACGUGAGCAAUUUCCGCACCGUACGAGGCGGCGAAAGGAUCGCGUACUGCGAUGCCAGAUGUGUCAUCAGUUUCCCUCCACGAUCGCGCUCUACGGGGACGAGCUCUCGCUGGAAACCCCUACGGUGUAUUGUGCGAUAUGCUAUGAGUACUUGCACGGCGGGGAAAGUGAGGCAGAAUCCCAAAGCUACUUGAAAGUGAUGCCGCAAAAGGUGGGCGAUUAUUUUACCUGUUGA